AUGACGACUAGCGAAGCGACAAUAAACCUGAAAGAUAAUCAGUGGGAUGUGUCAAACUACAAAAAUGAAGAGAUCGUUAAGUUAAACAAAGUGGAACUUAAUCAUGCUGUGAACAUAUUUAAUUGUGAAAACAGUACAAUUGUUAUAGAAAAUGAAAAAUUUAAAUCAUUACAAAUACAAAAGUGUGUAAAAUGUAAUGCCGUUUUAAAAAAUUUAAUAUCAUCUAUCGAAAUAAUACAUUCAAAAAAUAUAAAAAUUCAAAUACUGGGUAAAUGUUCUUCCCUCUCUGUUGAUAAAUCUGUAGGGGUACAAAUAUAUUUGUCAAAGGAAAACACGGACUGUGAGUUUACAACUGCCUUGUCAUCAGAAAUGAAUAUUCAUUUAGAAAAUGCGGAGGGGGAUUGGAACGAAAUUACAAUCCCUGAGCAAUUUCAACAUCAUUUGCAGGAUGGAAAACUCAGCACGCGAGUUUCGGACCUAUACAAUUUUUAA